UUGAGGAGUGGAAAUUUUCACGUUCAAAUUUGCGACAUUUUCUAUGAAAAAUCUUUUAGUUGGAAUUCUCCCUUGCACUCUCUCCGCAGAUUAUAUCAGUCAGUCCCCGCCAUAUUUCGUUCAGAUAAUCUCUGGGAUAGUUGAGAACACCCACACGGAACAAUGGCGAUUGAUCUUUCAAACCCUGUAAAUUCCUCCAAGCUUCUCGCUGUGGUAGACAUGGGUACCAAUUCCUUCAAGAUGUUAGUGGUUCGAGCUGAACCAAAUGGUAAGUUCCUUGCGGUUGAUCGCAUUAAGGAGCCUGUUGUCCUUGGGAGCGGAAUGCUUGCGGAUGACGCUACCAUCUCCCCCGACGCUCAACACCGAGCUAUCGUUGCGUUGCGGAAAUUUGAUCAGGUCUUGCAGAGCCAGCGAAUUCAUUACACCAAGAUCGUCGCCACUUCCGCUGUACGAGAAGCUGCCAACAGAUUGGAAUUCCUCUCUAGAAUUCGAGAAGAAGUAGGGUUUGAGGUGGAUGUUUUGUCUGGGGAGGAAGAAGCUCGGCUUGUCUAUCUUGGCGUUCUUCAAUUCCUACCAGUUUACGAUGCAACUGUUUUAACCGUCGAUAUCGGCGGUGGUUCCACUGAAUUCGUUAUUGGGAAGCAGGGAAAGGUGCUUUUUGCGACUUCGUUGAAGCUAGGGCACGUUACUUUGACGGAGGCUUUUGUAAAGGACGGGAAACUCGUGGAUAUGAGGAAUCACAUCCGUUCCGUUCUACAAGAGUCUGGAUUGAUUGAGAAAGUCAGGGAGAUCGGCUUCGAGAUUGCUGUUGGUUCUUCUGGAACAGUUCGCUCCAUUGAGAAUGCUAUUUUCAGAGGAUACGGUCGUGGCUUGACGAAUAACAUCGCACCCUUGGCGGAAUUUGGAAGGGAUUGGAGAUUCAGUCGGGAGGAACUUGGGGUUGUUGCUGAGAGCCUGUGCUGUUUGGAUACUGGAGGGAUAGAUGCAGCGAGGAGAGCUGGGUUUUUCAAGAGGCGGUCGGAGUUUAUUACCGCCGGUGCAGUUCUCUUGUCCGAGAUUUUUGAGACUCUUGACAUUGAUGAGAUGCGAGUUUCUGGUUCUGCACUAGGAGAAGGGAUCGUUUCAGAAAUCCUAGCUACCUCUUGUGAUGAUUAUGACAUCAAUGUCAAUUCCAGAUGGCGAUCUGUUGUUCACCUCUCAACAAGGUUUAAUAGUCCGAAGAAGAUGAAAUCAGCUGUGUACUGUGCAAGCAUAGCUAGGGAGUUCUUUGAAGGUGUAAGAAAGUGUGAUGUUCUUACUAACCAUGAAAAUAAAUGUGCAUUCUUCUUGGAUGAAAAAGAUCUUGAAUAUCUUGAAGCUGCAUGUUUGCUUCAUAGCAUUGGAAUCUUUAUUGGUAAGAAACGCUACCAUAAACAGUCAUACCAUAUCAUCAAGAAUAGUAAUCAUCUUCAUGGAUAUAGUGCCGAGGAGGUCGAGCUAAUAGCACUCCUUGCAAGAUAUCACAGGAAGAAGUUCCCAAGUUAUGAUCAACCAUCACUUCAGCAUUUUGAAAAUGAUAUAAAUCAGAAAUUCAGACUCCUUUGUGCAAUCAUACGCAUUUCUGUCGCAAUACAACAGUGCCAGUGGAUGACCUUUGAGGGUCUGGAACUAUCUCCUUCUGACAAGGGUUUCAAAGUGGUACUUAAACAAGUAACAGAUCAACCUUUGCUUACUGAUAGUAGGCACCAGACAGUGAAGGAUAUUGAAGAUGAACUAAGGCCGGAGUUGGAGAACUUUAAAGAAGUUUUCCAGCAGAAAUUAUUGUUUGUGGCUCCCUCAACUUGAAACCGUGAAGAUGUACAGAUCUGGUGAUGAGACGCAUAAUCUUACCUCAGAAUGAUAUUCUUUUUCAAGCUCCAAUAACUCAGGUCCACCUUUAGCAGUUCUCCUCCCUUCUGGAGUUCUGGACCCUUUUUUCAUGCAUAGCAAGGCUCACAGUCGUGGAAGUUUUGAAGCUUAUGACUCUAAUAUGAUUUUCUGCUUACUGACAACCAAGAAGGAAUUAUUCAGAAACAGAGGAUGCACCCUGUGAUAUGUAUAAAGCCUUGAUUUUUUUAAACAUGGGGACAAGCCACGCAUAGAAUUUGUGCCCAUUUUUCUAUGUUAUUUUUUUUUUUGUUCCCCUCCACAUCUUUUGGCUUAAAGUAAGUUUUUCUUUCAUGACAAUAGUUUAACAUUACUGUAUUUCAUUUUAAGAAAAUGCUUACAUCACAGAUUUGUGAGCUUCGUGAGUGCUACACUCCAAUAGCAAUUCAGAAAUAAAUAACAAAUAUUUUUUCUCCCUA